CUGGAUCUAUGGCUAUAAAUACCAGACCUCUCUUUCAUUCACAUUACUCUCUUCGCUUUUCAGAGGCACUGAUCAAGCGAAGCUCUAGUUCUGUUGGAACUCGAAUCGGGUACUUCCGCUAUUGGCUUUUAAGAGAAGCGAGCCGAGAACCCCGUACAGAAAGAAUUACAAGGAAGGAGGGCAGAAGGAGGCAAAGGAGGAAGAGGAAGAAGAAGAAGCAAUGACGAUCAAACCGGCGGUUCGGAUCGCCGACCGGAAGCUCAUCGUGAAAGACCGAACGAUCCUGACGGGAGUACCGGAAAAUGUGAUCGCCACGUCCGGCUCGGGCUCGGCUUCUGGUCCUGUGGAGGGGGUCUUUCUCGGAGCCAUUUUCGACGAGGACAACAGCCGGCACGUGGUCCCGCUCGGAUCCCUGCGUGAGGUCCGGUUCAUGGCAUGCUUUAGGUUCAAGUUAUGGUGGAUGGCCCAGAAAAUGGGCGAUAAAGGAAGGGACAUUCCCCUGGAGACGCAGUUCCUACUGGUCGAAACCAAAAAUGGGUCCCACGUCGAACCGGAUGACGGAAACGAAGAGAACCAGAUCGUCUACACGGUCUUCCUUCCUUUAAUCGAAGGCUCUUUCCGGGCUUGCUUACAGGGAAAUGCACAAGACAAGCUCGAGCUCUGUCUAGAGAGCGGCGACGCGGACACCAAGGCGUCGUCUUUUACGCACUCUUUGUUCAUCAGCUCCGGGACCGAUCCUUUCGGCACGAUCACCGACGCUCUCGGGGCUGUGAAAUCGCAUCUGAAGACUUUCCGGCAACGGCAUGAGAAGAAACUGCCCGGAAUCGUCGACUACUUCGGGUGGUGCACCUGGGACGCAUUUUACCAGGAGGUGACCCAAGAAGGUGUUGAGGCCGGGCUCUCAUCUCUCGCCACUGGUGGAACCCCGCCGAAGUUUGUCAUCAUUGACGACGGAUGGCAAUCGGUUGGCGGCGACCCACAAGACGGGGACGAGAGCGAGAAGGAGCAGCAGCCGUUGCUUAGGCUGACGGGAAUCAAAGAAAACUCAAAGUUCCAGAGCAUAGACGACUCGACGGCGGGGAUUAAGAACAUCGUGAAAAUAGCGAAAGAGAAACACGGGUUGAAGCACGUGUACGUGUGGCACGCGAUUACCGGGUACUGGGGCGGGGUCCGGCCUGGGGUUAAGGAGAUGGAGCAAUACGGGCCGAUGAUGAAGUAUCCGGUGGUGUCGAAGGGUGUGGCAGAGAACGAACCCGGCUGGAAGACAGAUGUGCUGGCGGUGCAGGGAUUGGGCCUGGUGAAUCCGAUGCACGUGUACAAGUUCUACCAAGAGUUGCACAGUUACUUGGCGUCUGCGGGCAUCGAUGGAGUGAAGGUGGACGUGCAGUGCAUAUUGGAGACACUGGGUGCAGGGCUUGGUGGCAGGGUCGAGCUGACCAGGCAAUAUCACCAGGCCCUUGACGCCUCCGUUUCUCGAAACUUUCCUGAUAAUGGCUGCAUUGCUUGCAUGAGCCACAAUACUGAUGCUCUUUAUUGCUCGAAACAAACGGCUGUGGUGAGAGCAUCAGAUGACUUCUACCCACGAGACCCGACAUCGCACACCAUUCACAUAGCAGCGGUGGCAUUCAACAGUGUUUUCUUGGGAGAGUUCAUGCAGCCGGAUUGGGACAUGUUCCACUCCCUCCAUCCAGCUGCCGAAUACCACGGAUCAGCCAGGGCAAUCAGCGGUGGUCCCAUUUACGUCAGUGAUGCGCCUGGGAAACAUAAUUUUGAGCUCUUGAAGAAGCUGGUGCUGCCUGAUGGUUCUAUCCUUCGAGCUCGCUUGCCUGGUCGGCCAACCAAAGAUUGUUUAUUCACUGAUCCAGCCCGUGAUGGUGUUAGCUUGUUAAAGAUAUGGAACAUGAACAAGUACACCGGAGUCCUGGGCGUGUACAACUGCCAAGGCGCAGCAUGGAACAGCGCCGAAAGAAAGAACACCUUCCACCAAACCAACUCAGAGGCCAUAACUAUCCCUAUUAGGGGCCGUGAUGUCCAUCUCAUAGCCGAGGCCACCAUUGACACCCAUUGGAAUGGUGCUUGUGCUUUCUACUGUCACAACACUGGUGAGCUCAUUACCCUUCCUUACAAUGCAGCCAUGCCCGUAUCCCUCAAGGUCCUCGAGCACAACAUAUUCACUGUCACACCCAUCAAGAUUUUAUUACCAGGGUUCCAUUUUGCUCCCGUGGGACUUGUCGACAUGUUCAAUGCCGGAGGAGCCAUAGAAAGGCUUAGAUACAAGGUGAAAGACGGGGUCAAGUUGUUGGAACUAGAAAGCGGAUAUGAAGGAGAAGGGAAUGGUGUACCUGGAGUGAAGGUGGAGAACAAGAGUUCAGAGUUGGUGGGGCUAGUUCACAUGGAGGUUAAAGGGUGUGGCAAAUUUGGUGCAUAUUCUUCAGUCAGGCCAAGGAGGUGCACUGUGAAUUCGAAUGUGGUUGAUUUUGUGUACAAUACGGAUUCGGGGUUAGUGACUUUGAGCUUGGAUCGCUUACCUGUGGAGGGUCAGAAGGUUCAUAUUGUGGAGGUUGAGUUAUGAACAUUUAUUCGUCCUAGGUUAGGUAGGAGGUGGAGGGAAAAUGUUGGUGGAAUUGGGAUUGUUACGAGAGGGAUCCAUCAUCUUGUCUGUUGUAUCUAUAAGUUCUAAGCGUUGUAAUUUGGGUUGAUGAGAUAGUGUAAGGUUGGAGGGAAAUAAAUCUAAAUAAAGUUUCUUUCUUUUGCUUAA